CUCCCUAGAAACACACACACACACACACAUCUGUCUCAUAUUCUCCCCCACCCGACUUUCACCUUUUCACCCUUCUCCACAAAUGCAGCCCGCCACGCUUCCUCUGCUACAAAAACAGAGUUUCUCAGAGUUCAAACACAAAGAAACCAUCACCGCACCCUCACCCUCGCCCUGAAAAAGUUUGCUCUCUUUUCUUUCUUUCUUUCCUUCAACUUCUUUUCUGCUUUCUUGGCCCGUUUUCCCAAAUGGGUUCUCCUCGCCAUGAACAAGAUGCAACCAAAGCAAACCCUCAAUUCGUCAACGGGCCCGUAAUCGUUGGAGCCGGGCCCUCGGGCCUGGCAGUUGCAGCCUGUCUCCAACAACAUGGCGUUCCCUCACUGAUUCUCGAAAGAAGCGAUUGUAUAGCUUCUUUAUGGCAACAAAAGACCUACGACAGACUCAAACUCCAUCUCCCCAAACACUUCUGUCAGCUCCCUUUGCUUACUUUCCCUCCAGACUUCCCCAAAUACCCCACCAAGUAUCAGUUCAUUUCUUACAUGGAGUCCUACGCCAAACACUUCUCAAUCGGGCCCAGGUUCAAACAGUCUGUUUCCAGAGCUGAAUACGAUUUCGUAACCGGGCUCUGGAGAGUGCAAACUCAGGAUUCUCUGUACUAUUCCAGGUGGUUGAUAGUCGCCACGGGCGAAAACGCCGAGCCUGUUAUACCAGAGAUUCCAGGGAUUGAGAGGUUUCCAGGGCCCGUCAUUCACACCAGUGUUUACAAGUCGGGCUCUGAGUUUCGAAACCAAAGGGUUCUGAUCGUGGGGUGUGGGAAUUCCGGCAUGGAAGUCAGCUUAGACCUCUGCAGACACAAUGCCAGCCCUCACAUGGUGGUCAGAAACUCGGUUCAUGUUCUACCAAGAGAAGUGUUUGGAUUGUCCACAUUUGCAAUAGCAAUGGAACUUCUCAAAUGGCUGCCUUUAAAGCUAGUGGACAAGCUCCUCCUCCUGGUGGCAAACGUCACCUUAGGCAACACCGAGAGAUUAGGCCUCCGGCGGCCUAAAACCGGUCCUAUCGAGCUCAAGAACGCCACCGGAAAGACCCCAGUGCUCGACGUUGGAGCACUCUCACACAUCAAAUCAGGCAGAAUUAAGGUAAUGGAAGGUGUGAGGGAGAUAACAAGAACAGGAUCAGCCAAGUUCAUGGAUGGCCAAGAAAAGGAAUUUGACUCUAUAAUCUUGGCAACAGGGUACAAAAGCAAUGUGCCCACUUGGCUCAAGGGUACUGAUUUUUUCACUGAAAUUGGAAUGCCCAAGGCACCUUUCCCUAAUGGUUGGAAAGGAGAGAAGGGAUUGUAUGCGGUCGGGUUCACGAGAAAAGGCAUCCUUGGGACCUCAUCCGACGCUGUAAACAUUGCUAGAGACAUCGCUGAUCAAUGGAGGACGUCAACCAACGGCUGGAAAAGCAGUUGAGGUUCUCAUAUUUUCCCAGAAUAGUACGAGGAGAAAAAAUAUACUUUAAUAAUUACUGAAUUCUUGGAAAGAAUUUUGUUGGGGAGAAAACGGAGAGAGUGAUUAGUUUCUAGGCUUUAUCAGCAAACAGAAAUGAUCUAUAUGUUGUAAAUUAAUCAGUUUUGACUUUUUUUUUUUUUUAUCAAUUUUAAAAAAAAAUGUUGUAAAGCCAAGAAAACAGUGUGUUAGCGACGAGAUAUCAAAUAACAAUAUCAGUAGUUA